AUGUCAGGACAAGAAAGCUGUAGCAUGACCAUUGCCCACUUGUCUCGAAAUGCUCUUGGACACAAAUAUAUCUGCUUUGAUCAUUUCGAAAAGCGGUUCAUUCAAAAGGAAGAUGGUAUACGUAAAAGAUUGAAUAAGUUAGGCGUACCUGUCCAUUACAAAGGAGAUCAAUCGACAGAGAACUUCCCAGACUCACCAGUUGCAUCAACAUCAGAAGGCCAAGGACCGACAGAAUUUAAAGUAUUAACACCAAAAAAAGUUUACCCUGGUGUUAAAAAUCGUGAAGAAAAUGAGGACGAAGGCGAUUUAUAUGACACAGAACUAUUUACGACACCGAAAAAACGCAAGCGACCAGCCGAUAGCGACACACCGAAUUGUAAAAGAUUAAAAACUGCUAUUGAAGAUACCAAAAAAAUGUUGAAGAAGGAAAGAAUGAAGUAUAGAAGAUUGCAGAAAAAAAUCCAAAAUAAGAAAUUCAUAAAUUUAAGUGCUACUAAGUUUAAAAGUGAUGCAUCGAAGGUGUUGACGCAGAUGCAGUUAAGAAAAAGCAAUAAGCAACAGUGGACCGAGGCCGAAAAAAAAUUUUGUGUUGCUGUCUGUGCCGACCACAACUGCGCCUCAUGUGGAUCUGAAGUGGAUAGCCUCGGCCACCACGGGCUCGCCUGCUCUUCAGGUGCCGGUCGCCUGUCUCGCCAUUCCGCCCUCAAUGACAUCCUGAGAAGGGCGCUUGUCAGUGCCGGCGUUCCCGCCGCUCUAGAGCCCCAAAUAGUGCGGAACGACGGUAAGCGCCCUGACGGGAUGUCACUGAUUCCCUGGAAGAUGGGUCGUGCGUUGGUAUGGGACGCCACUUGCGCUGACACGCUAGCGGCGUCCUACGUCCCAUCGACCAGCGGGCGGGCUGGCGCGGCAUCGGACACUCGGGAGCGUCUAAAGUGUAUACAAGUCCAUUUAUAA